UUCCCUUGACUUCGAACUUUAGCCCUAGACGAUCCACAAUAGCCACUAUAAGUAGAGGCAAUGUGUAGUCGACUUUAGAAACUACAGUCAAAGCAACUGUGACUACACACGCCCGGUGUUUUGUAUAAUAGUUUAUUACUCUAGAGUACUCUAGACUAGCGGUGUGUUGAUUUGUCGUAACAAAACUAAAUCUACACGUCGUGUUGUAUUCGUUAUGUUUAAUGCAAGGAUGCCUAAGUUGAAAAGUACCAUGACUUAUCUUCAGACUUUGACAACUAUGGAGUAUGUCAUUGACCAUCAAAUAGACAGACUAGAGAGUGCCUGUGAUUGGGACAUGAAAAGAUAUGUUUACCUCCAGGCUCUUGAGUGUGAUGGUUUUCUUCUAGACAGACUAGAGCAAAAGAUGAACACAAAUCAGAAUCUCAUCCAAUUUUAUAAGACUUUGCUAAAAAUAGCAUAUAGAGAAAGGAAUAACCUGUUGGCUAUCAUACAGAAACAUCACGACCAACUUCUAGACAAAUCUAAAACUUUGCAAGCUAAUGUUCAUCCAGAGAAAGCUGAACACAAACCUCUGUACGACUCUGACUGUCAUUGUCAGUUGGCAGCAAAAUGCCAACAAGAGAUGCCCCCUUUGAUCACACCAGUAUCAUUACCAGCAUUCUCCUCAGAUGAAAUCUUGAUUGCAUCUAAAACAAAAUAUGAGCUUCGAACCUUACGACAUUGUGCUAGAUCCAACAAAAGAAAAAAAUCUAUGAAGCAUUUAAUUUUCCAGACCAGGCCAAAAAGAACUCUAAGAAAUCCUAAUUCUUUUGAAAUGGAGGAUCAUUCUUGAUAAGAAAUACAAACGUGGCUUUACCAUAGAGAAUUUUUUAAAACUCUAUAAAAUAAGGACGCAGCUAAUGCAUUUGGCCAAAACCUACUGUCUGUAUCAGUGUAUACAACAGAACCUCACUGAAUGUACAAAUAUGUACAAGAGAGACCAAGUGAAUUAUUACUGUGUACAAGGAUACAACAAAAGUGAUUGACUACUGGACAUUGAUUACCCAUACUGCUUACAAAAGAUCCCAUCUAAUUGUUAAUACUUACAAUAAAAGAUUCUCGUCACUAGCUAUGGAAUACUCUAGCUAUUGUAGCUAUUGGAUAUUUCCUAGCUAUGGUGUACUAUAAUAAUAAAGCAUUGUUUUUUAUUCAAAAUCUUACAAAUCUGUGCUUAAUUUCAUGUGAUUAUGCAGGCAGUUGCAACCUGCAUAAUUUGCCACUUUUGAUGCAAAUAAAACCAUAGUACACAGGAGGUCUUAGUAAGUUCUCAUUUCAUCUUCUGCGCCUGUCUUCAGCAAGAGUCCUACAACUUUCAUGAGAUCUCUGCAGCUGUCUCUCCAGAGGUCAACUAGCAGUUAUCCUUUAUUCCUGUGAGGGAAGAAUUGUGCCUGAGUUGAUCUCACCUAAAAAGAUAACAUUUCCAUCCCCCGUAUGGAUUAAUUGUCUGACCUAAAAUAUCUCAGCGCAGUUGUCAAACAGAUGUACCUCUACACUGUCCACACAGAGCUCUACCCUACCUGGUUAUUUGUAAGGUAGUCUUAGGUAGUCUUGCAAGCAUACGCUUAAUAUUGGGAGCAGAUGCCUUUGGUGGUCAUGUUCAAGGAGCUCUAGGUGUCUCUUGUGGCAAUUGGACAUAUCCCAGCUAUUACAUAGCUAUUGGCAUUACUUCAGCUUUUUGCCAAUUUCCUAGCUAUUGGAUAUAUAAUAGAACUCAAUAAUACCAAUAGCUAUUUGACACAGCCAAUCUAUAGAACAUUGAGUUUCACAAAGUCAUUGCAGACAUACUGCUCAAGUACAUUUUUAAUUCUAAAAAUAAAGUUUUUACAGAACUUUGAUAUCGUUUUGCACAGCAACAAAUGGAAACAAAGAUCUUGUGAUCUGUGCUUUCAUUAGCCAUGAGUGGAUAUUUUACUUUGGUACACACUAGAUCCAACUGUUGGUUGCAAAGAUUAUUUAUAUUUUAAGAUUGACUUGUACAAUGUUGAUAAAUAAAUUUUGAUACAAAAUAAA